AUGGAGCCUCAUGUCGACGGGGUUUACAUCGGCGGUGUCGGCAACUCUGGAUCUGAUGUGGUCUGUGUCGGAGUUCCAGCACUCGGUGUUUCUUCUCAAACUGAAAUCAAAGUCGAGAAAGUUCAACAUACAUGGACAGUAAAGAAUUUUUCGCACUGCUACCAAGAAUAUCUCGAAAACUUUGUAUAUCUUCAACGAGGCGACGAACAGUUGACAUGGUCCAUUAAGAUAUAUCCGAAAGGAAAUGGCGAAAAUAAUAAGGAUUUUGUGUUUUUAUGUCUGAACCGAGUCAUUAAUAAUAAUGUGAAGGCUGGAAAGAUUGGAUUCAAAUCGCAGUUCAAGCUGAGAACUGCGGAAAAUAAAGAUAUAGAGAUGAGGAUUCAUCCCAACCCAUCACAUUCUGACUAUGUUUCCUACAUCAAACGGGACGUUCUGUUCCCUCAAAUCAUGCCUCGUGAUAUGAUAAUUGUCCACGUGGAAAUUGAUGUAGCUGUGGAGACGAUCACAACUACCAAUGAGCCAAUUCAAUUUGAACCUAUAAAUACGGAACAACAGCUAGUGGACGAUUAUCAGCGAUUGUUUUGUGAUGAACUAUUGACUGAUUUCGAUAUAAAUGUAAACGGAAGAGUAAUCCGCGCACAUAAGGCAGUUCUUGCUGCACGUUCUGCAGUAUUCAAUGCGAUGCUUACCCACCAAGACACAGAUGAGGCUAGAACGUCAGUGAUGUACAUAAACGAUAUGGAUUUUGAUGUUAUAUACGAGAUGGUGUAUUAUAUUUAUUGCGGAAGGUGUCAGAAAGAUAUCACAGAUAUGGCGACUGCUCUUCUAAUCGCUGCAGAUAAAUAUCGCAUUGACGAGUUGAAAAAUCAUUGCGAAAAGUAUUUGGUGGAAAAUAUCACAGUGGAAAACGCAUGCAGUCUUCUUAUUAUUGGAGAUAUCUAUACUGCUGCCAAGCUGAGAAGGCGAGCUGUUCAGUUCAUCUUGGCCCGUCCAAAAAAUGUCACUGGGACUCCAGGAUGGGAUGACAUCCUCAAAUGUCAUCCUAAUCUUAUCACAGACAUCUUCAGCCAAAUUGAACGACAAUCGUCAACAGGAGCCACUUCCUCCGUUUCUUCUCUCCCUGGAAUCCCGAUGGAUGUUCCAGGAGUACCCGGAAACAAUGGCCCACCACCAUCUGGUCUGUAA